AGCCCCGGCCCCUCCUCGGGGAGGCUCCUGGGGAAGCCUAGCCCAGUCUGGGGGAGCCCACUCCAAACGAGCCGAGCCGAGCCGAACCGAGCCGAGCCACCCGUCUGUCUCCGCGGUGCAGGCGUCCUGGGGAUGUCGUCGGGCGGCAGCCUGAGCACCAUGCAGCGGCUGGUGGAGCAGCUGAAGCUGGAGGCGGCCGUGGAGAGGAUCAAGGUCUCUCAGGCAGCUGCAGAACUCCAGCAGUACUGCAUGCAAAAUGCCUGCAAAGAUGCCUUGCUUGUUGGGGUUCCUGCAGGGAGCAAUCCCUUUCGAGAGCCCCGGUCCUGUGCUCUUCUCUGAAAUCAGACAAGAUCAUCAGAGAGUUGCCUUCAAGCAAGAGGUGAAUAGCAACUGCCUUUCCUUCACAAGAAAGUCUCUUUCUGUGUCCCAGCCUUUGUGUGGCUAAACCAAUGUUUAUUUACCUGUUUGUUCUUCUGUAUCUGUACUUCACUACCUUUUGCUAAUGUUUGUGAAUUUUUUAAUGUAACUCUUAGUCUUUUCACAAUCACCACUGUUGCUACACUAGUAUAUCUUAACUAUAGAAAUGUUACUUGAAAUUUACAUUUUAGGAAGAAAAACACACGAAUUUCUACCAAAUUACUUUUAUUUUGGUAAACUAUAAUAGUAAAUACUAUUUGGGUUUUUUUCUGAAAUAAAACAUCCAAAAAAGUGAAUGGUUAAAGUACAAAACUAAAUGCUGUUAUUACUGAAAUAGUUUUCUCAGUGGGAAUUCUGCUUCCACUAGCAAGAUCUGGAACCAACAAGUUUUUUUUUUGAAGUGUAUGUAGGUCUGUGAAUGACACAAUAUGUAGCACAGAGUUGAUUCCUAAGGCAUGUUUCUUUCAACACUUCUAAUCUGUAAUAUUCUCCUAAUUUGUAUUUGUAAAGGUACUGCUGUGGUGGGAUUUCCUUGAUGUUUUUAAAAUGUGACCAAACAGAUACUAAAAAUCCAUGAACAUCCAAAUACAGGUGCAUGCAUAGCUGUCAAAGUUUGCAGUACACAAAACUUUGUAAUAGUUUUAGUGCUUGGUCAUUUGCCUUCAGUUUUAUAGAGCACUUUUACAAGGACGACUAACUUUUUAAAUAGUUUUUUUGAGUUUUUUCUACUUUCUAUUGUUUGUAUUAAUCUUUUAGAAGUUUGGAAAUAAAAUUCCUUUCACCAA